AUGAAAAUUAAAGGAGAAAAUUCAUUCCUUGGAGAUCCGUCCACAAAACAUGAAAAGGAAUGUUUUGUAAAUCAUAAUGAACCCAAAAAGAAUUCUGUUGUUGGACCUCCAAGAAAAGGAAUUCGUCCUGUUGAAAGAGAACGUAUGAGGGAUUGGCUCUGUCGACAUUUAAAUGCUGCUUCCAUUCCUGGUCUCUAUUGGCUUGAAAAGAAGAAACUUAUAUUUCGUAUCCCUUGGAAACAUGGUUCCAGUCAGAACUGGACAGAAGAUGAUGCUGAAUUGUUUGUAGAAUGGGCAAAACAUACAGGAAGGUAUUAUCCUGACACGGACAAAGGCAAAGGAAAGUUGAACACAAAACGCUUUAAAGCAACGUUUCGUUGUGCACUCAACAGUCUUCCAGACUGUCAAGAACUUUCAAAACUAAAUAACAAAGCUGGAUCAAAUGCUUUCAAAGUUUAUCAAUUCAGCUGCGACAAAGAUACUUGCCCUUAUAAAAAGAAAAAAUCUGGCAAAGUGACUACUGUAUGUUGUGAUAAAUCUGUUGAGUGUAAUGAAGGAGAUACAGCUUCCAUCGUGGAGGCAUCUGAUACCUGUACUGAAGACCAAACCUCCAAUCAAUGCAAUCCAGAAAAGACGUCUGAUACUUGUGACAGUAACGAAACCACACCACCAAGUCAAGAAAACCCACCAAAAUUAAAUCAAGAUGAAAGUCAUUCAGUACUACCAGAGUCUUCAGAUAAUUGUACUCCAUGCCAGAUCUCUGAUCCCAAUCCUACCCAGUCAAACUCCAGCUUUGACGACCUGUCCAUCAGUGAAAAUGAUGUGGCAAACACGCUUCUUGAGUUACAGAGAGGUGCUGUAUCAAAGCUUUUAAAAGAAAAGGAGAUGUCCCAGUCACAACCACAAGUAAUACAGAACCCUCUCCAGUCACCAAUGCUGCCAGUAGCACAAUUACCAGUGUCACACAUACUGCCAUCACAGGUGUCUGUUCCACCACAGUCCCAGGCACAGAUUUAUUCUCAGCCAGUACUACGUUCACAAAUAGCAAAACCAGUGUUACAGCCUCAGAUGCAGUCAGUUCAGGUCUUGCAGUCACAACUGACAACCCACAGAGAAAUACACCCAACUCAGUCGAUAACCUAUGAGCAAACCUCUACCAUGACAGUUGCUCAUCCAGUUCCUUCAACUAUGCCAUCUGUUUUCCCGCUUGUUCCUGCCGUGGUUCUACCAUAUAACCCACCUCCAUCUCAUUCCGAACCUCAAAUGGCGAAAGUUUGUAUGAUUCCAGCUAUUGUCUCAUCUACAGCUACCCAGAUGAUGAAUAUUCAUUCCAAUUCCUUUGACAGUCCAACUCCACAGUUAGUUCCUGUUGCAGCCCCAAGGCUAUCAGCUGCACCUUUUAAUACUCCUGCCUCUAUGUCAGAAGCCCCAGCAAAAGCUCAUGAGGAACCCAAAUUACCUCUUUUAUUUAGUAUUAAGCAAGAGGUUAUUGAUGCUGAUUACACACCGUCAGAGAUCAACAACAACAACAACAGCAGCAGCAACAAUAAUAUUGCAGUGAAACUUGAGAAUGUUGUAACUGGAGAUGUCACUCCGAAUUACAAGGCUUCAGAGCCCGAACCAAGGAAAGAGAUCAUGGGUUCUACAAAUGUUACUGGAGGAAACAACUUUGAAACAAAUGCUCAAUCAUCAAAUAGAAAGCGUGCUAAAGAAAAGAAACUAACUUCUGGGUCUCCUCAAGGCACCAUUACCCGUGUGCCAAUCACGGUAUCUGCACAGAAUUACCUAAAAAAAAGGAAAAAUUGUUCAUCGGCUUGGAAACAAGUGAAAUCCUUCUCGUAA